AUGAAGAGAAAACACGAAGGAUCUUGUGCUGUGGGAAUAGACCUUGGCACAACGUACUCAUGUGUUGCAGUAUGGCAGGAAGAACACUGUCGAGUUGAGAUCAUUCACAACGAUCAAGGCAAUAGAACUACGCCUUCUUGUGUUGCCUUCACUGAAAAUCAGAGAUUGAUCGGUGAUGCUGCUAAGAACCAAGCUGCUGCCAACCCUCAAAACACCGUCUUUGAUACUAAGAGGUUAAUUGGUAGAAAGUUUAGUGAUCCUAUUGUUCAAGAUGAUAUGCUUUUAUGGCCAUUCAAGGUCAUUGCUGGUGACAAUGACAAACCCAUGAUUAUGGUUAAGUACAAGGAUCAAGAAAAGCAACUAUAUGCCGAAGAAGUAUCAUCUAUGGUACUCACCAAAAUGCGAGAGAUUGCUGAGACAUAUUUAGAAUCGAAUGUUAAGAAUGCAGUAGUUACUGUGCCAGCUUAUUUUAAUGAUUCUCAACGAAAAGCCACUAUAGAUGCCGGUGCUAUUGCUGGCCUCAAUGUUAUGAGAGUAAUGAAUGAACCUACUGCUGCAGCUGUUGCGUAUGGUCUUGACAAGAGAACUAACUGUGAUGGAGAAAGAAAUAUUUUUGUGUUUGAUCUUGGGGGUGGCACGUUUGAUGUUUCUUUGCUAACCAUUAAGGGUAAUGUGUUCAAAGUAAAGGCAACAGCUGGAAACACUCACCUUGGUGGAGAAGACUUUGAUAAUAGAAUGGUGAGCUUCUUUGUACAAGAGUUCAAGAGAAAGAACAAAGUCGACAUUAGUGGGAAUUCACGACCUAUGACGAGGCCGAGAAAGAACAAAGUUGACAUUAGUGGUGGGAUGUAUUCAAAAGCUUUGAGGAGGUUGAGAACGGCAUGUGAGAGAGCAAAAAGGUCACUUUCUUUCCUUGUUACCGCCACUAUUGAAGUAGAUUCUUUAUUUCAAGGCAUUGACUUUUCUUCAUCAAUCAAUAGAGCCAAAUUUGAGGAAAUGAAUAUGGACCUUUUCAAUGAGUGUAUAAAGAUUGUUGAAAGUUGUCUAUUGGAUGCUAAGAUGGACAAGAGCAUGAUAGAUGAUGUUGUCCUUGUUGGUGGGUCUUCUAGGAUUCCAAAAGUACAGCAGCUAUUACAGGACUUUUUCAAUGGGAAGGAGUUGUGCAAGAGCAUUAAUCCUGAUGAGGCUGUAGCUUAUGGGGCAGCUGUUCAGGCUGCUAUGUUGAGUGCAGACAUUAAGAAUGUUCCAAAGUUGGAGCCGCAUAAUAAUUCACAGUUGGUGCUGCAUAAUAUUCCACAGUUGGUGCUGCAGGAUGUUACACCUUUGUCUCUUGGUAUAUCUGCAUUAGGAGAUAUCAUGAGUGUGGUGAUUCCUAAGAAUACUUGCAUUCCUGUCAACCAGACAAAACCGUUUGUUACAGCAGUAGAUAACCAAACCCGUACUUUGUUUAAGGUUUAUGAGGGUGAGAGAACAAGAGCCAGUGACAACAAUUUGCUUGCUUCCUUUUCUUUUUCUGGCAUUCCCCCAGCUCCUCGUGGCAGCCAUCUCGCAAAUGUUUGUUUUGCUAUAGAUGAAAAUGGUAUUUUGACUGUUUCAGCUAAGAACAAUGCUUCUGGAAGUUCGAACAAGAUUACAAUAACCAAUCACAGAGAUAGAUUGUCAAGUGAGGAAAUUAAAAAAUUAAUUCAAGAAGCUGAGAAUUACCAUAUUGAAGACAAGAAAUUCCUCCGGAAGGCCACGGCUCUGAAUGCAUUGGAUGACUACAUUUACAAAAUGAGAAAUGCUUUAAAGAAAGAGGAUGUUGAUACAAAGCUCUCCCCGGAAGAAAUUGAGAAGAUCAGAUCUACAAUUGUGGUUACAACAUAUUUGGUUGAUGAGAAUAACCAUGUGGUUGAAAUAGAUGAUUUGGAGGAUCAUCUAAAGGAGCUUAAAACUAGUAUGGACCACAUUAUUGCUAAGACUAUUUAG